AUGACUUUCAUUUAUUCAGGCAAAGAUAUCACUGAUAACCAUGAAUCAGGCGUGGGUAUUUUAAUGACCACCAACGCUAAGAGCAGUUUGCUCGACUGGCAUCCUGUUUCGGACCGAAUAAUAAUGGCACGUUUUUACUCAAGAGUGCGGAACAUCUCAGUCAUACAAUGCUAUGCGCCUACAAAUGCAGCGAGUUCAGUCACAAAAGCAAAGUUCUACAGUCACUUGCAAUCGACUCUGCAGAAGAUAAAGCGCCAAGAUAUUGUUAUCUGCAUGGGAGACUUCAACGCCCAACUGGGAUCAGACAACACGAACAUUGAGCCUUGGCUAGGUAGACACGCGAUGGGACGGAGAUCUGAAAACGGUGAUAUGCUCAUAGAUCUCUGCUGUCAAAAUGACCUCAUAGUGGGGGGAUCUAUUUUCCCUCAUAAGAGUUGUCACAAAGUUACAUGGGUUUCACCUGACCGUAUCACAGAGAACCACAUCGACCAUGUGUUGAUAAGUCGCAAGUGGAGAAGAUCCCUUCUAGACGUUCGCAAUAAAAGAGGUGCGGACAUAAACAGCGACCACCACCUGGUUGUGGCAAAGAUAAAACUAAAAGUAGCGAAAAUCCAGCGGACUGCCAAAACAGCAAGUAGGAACUUUGAUACAGAGAAGCUUCGGAAUCCAACCACAAAACAAAAUUUCCAAGACGACCUCCGUAAUCGUACUGUUAACAUUAGCUGUGAAGAAGGGACUAUCGAAGAUCAUUGGGAGUCUGUUAGAGGCGCAUUCCGUGAAAGCUGCCAGUCUGUGCUUGGUUACAAAUGCACGCCUAAAAAGAAAUGGAUCUCAGGAACCACUUGGGACAUGAUCCAGGCAAGGCAGCAAAAGAAAGAGCAGAUCAACUCUGCACAAACUCUGGAAGCCAAAGAAGAACUAGCUUAUGAGUACUACAUUUGUGAGUCAAAGAUCAAACUCAACCUAAAGAAAGACAAACGAGCUUGGACUGAAGCUAUAGCACAGAAAGCAGAGCUGGCGGCAUAUUCUGGAAACAUGUCAGAGUUACAUAAAUCAGCAAAAAUCCUCUGCAAUAAACCAAUCGCUGAUAAACCACUGAGGGAUGACGCCGGAAAUCUACUAGUUACCUUAGAGCAACAACUGGUUGGAUGGCGUGAGCACUUUGCUAAGGUCUUCGAAGCUCGGCCCACGGCGACUAUCGUUGGACACGAGCCUUCUCAGAAACUACUCGAUAUUGAAGUGGGCCCUCCAGUCGUAACCGAGAUUAAAAAGGCAAUCACAUCUCUAAAAUCUGGCAAGGCUCCCGGUGGCGAUGGCAUUACGGCUGAAGUACUGAAGGCGGAUGUUAAUCUCACUACCCAGAUUCUACACCCGCUGCUAUCACGUAUUUGGUAG